GGGCGAGUUUCAAACCCUCCCUUUAUCAUUUUACUGGAGUGAGUUCGGAGGUCUUAAAUACACCAACACCGGCAGCCGCCACCGCUAGGACACGCACAAGAGCACCGUGCACUUUCCAAACCCUAUUGCAAACUUAGAGAAAAAAAAUAAUAAAUAUAUAUAUAUAUAUAUAUAUAUUAUUAUUUUUUUGGUCGCAAUUUAAAACAGAAGCUGAUGAUUUAACCGCCUGACUUUGCGCAUGUGCUCCACGCACAAAUAAAAGGUUGAUUUUUUUCGUUACCAACUUUCCCUUUUUUCCUCUAAAUAGUUGACUUUCUUCUCUAAAAUUGGCUCCUGUACAAACAGCCGCGUUGGAUCCCUCGGGCUACUGCGAGACUCCGGUGUACAACCCGGAUCUCUGUCCAAAUAUGAUUGCCGCCCAGGCCAAGCUGGUGUAUCAUCUCAAUAAAUACUACAAUGAGAAAUGCCAGUCUCGUAAGGCGGCCAUCUCCAAGACCAUCCGGGAGGUGUGCAAGGUGGUCUCCGACGUCCUGAAAGAGGUGGAGGUCCAGGAGCCCCGUUUCAUCAGCUCCUUAAACGAAAUGGACAACCGCUUCGAGGGGCUCGAGGUCAUCUCGCCGACUGAAUUCGAGGUGGUCCUCUAUCUCAACCAGAUGGGGGUCUUCAACUUCGUGGACGACGGCUCUCUGCCGGGCUGCGCCGUGCUCAAGCUCAGCGAUGGGCGGAAGAGAAGCAUGUCUCUCUGGGUUGAGUUCAUCACGGCUUCGGGAUACCUGUCGGCGCGCAAAAUCCGCUCCAGGUUCCAGACGCUCGUGGCGCAGGCGGUGGAUAAGUGUAGCUAUAGGGACGUCGUUAAAAUGGUCGCGGACACAAGCGAGGUGAAAUUACGCAUCAGAGACAGAUAUGUGGUUCAGAUUACCCCAGCUUUCAAAUGUACUGGCAUAUGGCCGCGCAGCGCUGCCCAUUGGCCGCUGCCCCACAUCCCUUGGCCUGGUCCAAACCGGGUGGCAGAAGUCAAAGCCGAAGGUUUUAAUCUGUUGUCGAAGGAGUGUUACUCGUUGAACGGUAAACAGAGCUCGGCUGAGAGCGACGCCUGGGUGUUGCAGUUCGCCGAAGCUGAGAACCGACUGCUACUGGGAGGGUGCAGGAAGAAAUGCCUUUCCCUGCUCAAGACUUUACGCGACCGUCACCUUGAACUACCGGGACAGCCUCUCAACAACUACCACAUGAAAACUCUGGUGUCUUACGAGUGCGAAAAACACCCGCGAGAGUCGGACUGGGAUGAAAACUGCCUCGGGGAUAGACUGAACGGGAUUUUAUUGCAGCUCAUUUCGUGCUUGCAGUGCAGGAGAUGUCCCCAUUAUUUUCUACCAAAUCUAGACCUUUUCCAAGGGAAGCCUCAUUCGGCCCUUGAGAACGCAGCCAAACAGACUUGGCGACUGGCGAGAGAAAUUCUAACAAACCCUAAAAGCCUGGAGAAACUCUGAGGUAAAAAAUAAAUAAAUAAAAAAAUCAUAAAGUCAUGUUAGAAUGAGUUCUGACUGUUCGGAGUUCUGAGGCCUAUAGACAAUGCUAAUCAGGAACUGUUCCACACAAAUGGUCACUGUUGUUGAAACAAAUCCACGGUUGUAUUGUCAAAUCUGCGAUCAUUGCGCUGUGCAUAAUAAAAACAAAAUAUUUUAGAUAGCUCCUUUUAAAAUAGUUGACAUGACAUGAAUUUGUCAUGAACUUGUCAUAUUGUGUCGACCUAAGGAGGGAGCAAACUGUAUCAACAAUCAAAAUGAAUGGUUAACCUGUCAGUGCUAUUUUUAUUUUCUUAGCUUUUUUUUUUUUCUUCUUUUUUUUUUACGAGCCCUGCCCAACAACACAUUUUACCUAAAUACUUUCAAAACAAAGCUACACGAGGAGCCUAUAUGACAGAAUCUAACCUGUACAUUUUAUACUGUAAAUAGACACAUUUGUAGAUUGUGAAUCCGGUGGUCUGCAGUUGUGAAUGUUGUUAUGUGACACGUAAAUAGAAGUAUAAUUUCACCUGUUUUAACAUACGCCUGGAUUAUUUCCGAUAGAAAAGUAAGACAGAAAGAAGAAGAAGAAGAACAAGAAGAAGAAGAAGAAGAAGAAGAAGAAAAACAUUUAGACCUGCAUUAAUGAUAGUUUACCUAUUGUCAAUGGCAAGUUUCACAUUUCUAUGGUUUACAUUUUGAUGGUACUAUUUGUUACGUUCCUAAACAUUCCAUACGCAUACUUGAAUUCUUCUUAUUUAAAGUAUAUUCGACCGUUUUUGUUUGUACCUUGCUUACAUGAUACAAGGCUGAAAUUGAGACUAUAUAUAU